AUGCAAUUAGCACCCUCACCAAUAAACGUUGAUAUUUUACAGGCUGAAUCUUAUGAUUACGAUACUACAGAAUCUCAAUUUUUAGUAAAUGGUUUUAGAAAAGGGUUCUCAUUAAAGUAUGAAGGCCCUCGCAUAGCAACUAGUGCCAAAAAUCUUAAAUCUGCAUUAAAACUUCCGGAUAUUGUCUUGGAAAAGAUUAAUAAAGAGGUGGAACUGUGUCGCGUAGCAGGUCCAUUUGAAAGCAGACCUUUACCAAAUCUUCGAAUAUCACCAAUUGGUUUGGUCCCUAAAAAAACAGGGCAACAAGAGUUUAGACUGAUCCAUCACCUUUCCUAUCCAGCGGGCCGGUCAUUAAAUGAUUAUAUCGACCCAGCUAAGUGUACUGUACAAUAUACUAGUUUCGAUACCGCAGUACACAUGAUUCAGGAUCUAGGUUUCAAGUGUGAAAUGUUUAAAAUGGACAUCAAAAGUGCAUUUCGCCUUUUACCAGUGGAACCAAAUGAUUUUGACCAGUUAGGUUUUGUAUUUAAUAACUGCUAUUACUUCGAUAAAUGCCUGCCAUUUGGAUGUUCCAUAAGUUGCAACUUAUUUAAUCGUUUUGCAGAUUUACUUACACAUAUUAUUCAAAGGAAAGCAGGAUCUACUUAUUUAAUCCAUUACUUAGAUGAUUUUUUGGGUGGUGGCAAAAGAAACUCUGGCGAAUGUCGACAUCUAAUGGAAAUUUUUUCAGGCUGUAUGCAGAAAUUAGGUGUGCCGAUAGCAGCAGAAAAAACUGAAGGUCCGGUUACAGUACUUACAUUUUUAGGCUUAGAACUAGAUUCUGACAAGAUGGAGAUACGUUUGCCACUUCAUAAGGUUCAAGAAGUGUUGAUUUUACUGAACAACAUGCUACAAAAAACAAGAUGCACACUUAAAGAGAUGCAAAGUUUAAUUGGUGUUCUAAAUUUUGCAUGCAGGGCAAUAAUUCCUGGCAGGCCAUUCUGUAGGCGGCUGAUUGAUUCCAUUUGUGGUCUAACAAAACCAUAUCACCACUUGCGAAUUAACAAGGGCAUAAAACUUGACUUAAUGAUGUGGAAACAAUUUUUUGUGAAUUUUAAUGGCAUUAGGGUUUUUCAUGACAGAUUCUGGUCCUACAAUGAUGAUGUAGAAUUGUUUACAGACAGUGCAGGAGGCGAAGGCAUGGGUUUUGGAGUUUAUUUUGCAGGUAAAUGGAUGUCUGAACGGUGGCCAGAUGAAUGGUUUAAACAUGGAUAUACAACAGACAUUACAGUUCUUGAAUUAUUUCCUAUUGUUGUAGCCAUUUUCACAUGGGGCAAGGAAUUGCAGCUAAAGAAAAUAUGCUUUAGAUCAGAUAAUAUGGCAGUGUGCCAUAUAAUAAACAAAAUGACUUCCAAAUCUGAUUUAAUUAUGGUCUUGCUGCGAAAUUUGACAUUAAAAUGUUUGCAGAUGAACAUUGUGGUGAAGGCUGAACAUGUUCCUGGAGUAAAAAACUCAAUAACCGAUGCCUUGUCUCGUUUUCAGAUGCAAAGAUUUUGGACCCUGGUACCAAACGCACAUCAAAGCCCAUCUAUAAUGGAACCCCAACUAUGGAAAAUAUUCAACAAAGAGCUGUUAGUUUGAUAACAACCAGUGUGUCUGACAGCACAAGAACAGCAUAUAAUCUUGCCAUUAAUCAUUUUAAUACUUUCAGGCUUACUUAUAACCUACCGGAUACAUGGCCGAUACCACUGAACCAAUUUAUUAUGUACAUAUCAUACUGCUUUGAAAAGAAUUAUGCACCAUCAACAAUCAAAUUGUAUAUGUCAGGUAUUAGCUUUGUGCAUAAAAUCAGGGGAUUCUAUAAUCCAUUUAGCAAUUUUGUAGUCAGUAAGAUGUUGGAGGGUUGCAAACGUUUAAGGCAGCAGCAAGAUCUCAGAGUGCCUAUAUCUCUUGGCAUGUUGAACAGAUAAGUUUCAGUUCUUCCCAAUGUAUGUUUCUCAAAAUUUGAAACAAAACUAUUUACAGCAGUAUUUUAUUUGGCCUACUUUGGUUUGUUUAGGAUAAGUGAAUUAGUUGUUUGCUCAAAUAACACAAAGGACAGAGCACUUUGUAAACAAGACAUCACUUUUGAAGGGUUAAACAAUGCAAUAAUAAUUCGAGUUAGGAUGAGUAAAACUAACCAAACAGGUCGACCUGUGUUUGUGCGUAUUCCUAGCAAUCAGGAAACAAGCAUAUGCAUUAAUGCUGUAAAAGAAUACGUAGCUAUAGCCCCUGCCAGAUCUGAGCAAUUUUUCUGUCAUGCCAACAAUACACCAAUGACAAGAUAUCAGUUCUCAGCUGUGUUGUCGAAAGCCUGUGCACAGGCUGGUAUUUCUUCAAAAGUAUUAUCACAUAGCUUUAGGAUUGGUAGAGCAACCGACCUUGCUCUUCAAGGUUACUCUGAUGAAACAAUAAAACGUAUGGGUCGUUGGUCGUCGAACUGUUAUUCAGGCUAUAUAAGAAUGUAGGAGUAAAACUUAUGAAAACUCAAGAUAGCUUGCGAUUGCGCCUGUAAUUAUAACAACUCUUUCUUUGGGUUUAUUUUACAGCAGUUUGGCUGGUAGGGGAUUCACAUAUUCGAUGGGCAGGGGAACGCUUCCAUUCAAGACACAGGGACACGUUUAAAAAUUUCACCAUUUCCUGGGAUGGUCAGAGUGGUUUGAGAGUUGAAGAUUUGCAUCCAGUAAUCCAACUUGGUAUGAUUAAAGGCCGAACUCCUGAAAUUAUUUUCCUUCAUGUUGGGGGAAAUAACAUCACAAGUACAAAUCAAUGUAAAACUAUAAGAAUAAUUAAAUCUGAGUUGCAGUAUCUUUUCGAUAUAUUUCCUAACUCAUUGAUUGUUUGGGUAUUCAUUCUUCCCAGAUUAUCUUGGACUAGGGAAGUGGUUGACAAUUCUUAUCAAAAGAAAAUGAAUUCCAAACGUCAAAAAAUCAAUCGCACAAUUUCAAAUUAUGUGUUAUCUUUUGCUAGGGGAAGGGCAAUUUUGAUAGAAUCAAUUGAUUUGAGUACCCCAGGAAUGUUCCAUGUUGAUAAAGUCCAUUUGUCAGAUGUUGGCAAUGAACUAUUCAUCUUCAGUAUAGGUGAAGCAAUCGCAAGCUUUCUUGGCAGCGACAUUAAGUUUAUUAAAUGCUAAGGCCUAUAAUUUUGGGGGACAAAUUGUUACCAAUUUGCAGUGGCGGAAAAUUCUAGGCCGCUCAUGAUGGGAUGGUGUCACUGUCAACAAUUAUACAUUAUUUCACAAGUUAACAAUAUUUUAUAUAGGUAUGGGUGGUUCUCCUCUCCUUAAUAUGGCUCCUUUUGGAGAUAAUCAGUUUUGGAGGGAAGCCAUCCUAUAUUUGGCACAUUUCACAAAAUUUCAUUUCAAAAUGUUCAUUCUUAAGUUUGCAUUUAGAUGCUUUGGGUCUGCUCGGACAAAGGCGACCCGAAGCGGAUUUAUGGAGAUAAUAUAUACAUGGAGUAUAUACGAGGAGUAUUAUACACAGUAUAUAUGGAGCUAUAUAUAUACUCAGGAGUAUAAUACAUGGAGAUUGGACAGUAUAUAUGGAGAUAUAUAUAUACUGAGGAGUAUUGAUAUUUUCAAUGGAGGUUGGAUAUAGUAUAUAUGGAGCUAUAUAUAUACUAGAUUAUGCGUGGUACAUAUGUAAAAUAAUAAUAAUAAUAAAUUGUAAUUACUUUAAGCAAGCGUGACACCAUCCUGUCAUUGAUGCCUAGAUUUUUCAAAAAUUCCAUGUGGCAACUCUUGAAAACCAGUGGAAUUCUAACUAUCUUUUACUGCGGUCAAUAAACUGCCAAAAUAUUACACUAAAUUACCAAUACAUGUUAUUUAACAGUAUUCAUACAAACAUGAAUAAAAUGACUGUGUACUUUUAA